AUGAGGCGGUUUUCAGACGGUUCGGAGCUAGGGAAGGGAUUCGCCACGACCGAGAGCCAGGGUUCAUGCCCGAUUUCUUCAGGGCCUUCAACAAACUCAUGGGUCAACGGCAACGAGCAACUCUCGCGUAUGCGUCCACAAGCAAACGGAGCGGCGGUGCGCACGGAGCAAAUGAUUACGAAGGCCAUCAAGAGGUACAUCGCGGACUUCGAUCAGCGCGACUGGGACGAGUACGCGGAACGACUCAAAUACUAA